AUGACGUCUCAGGAAACCGUUCAGAUUCUCAUUGACAUGGGUUUCCAGAAAGAAAAAGCCGAAAAGAGCGUUUCAAUGACAGGAAAUCAAGGUGUCGAACCUGCGAUGGAGUGGUUAUUGGCACACAAUGAUGAUGACAUGGGACCAUCAACUUCUCAAGAAGGUUCUACUUCAUACACCAAGUCAGAAACUAAUACCUCAUCUGCAACUGUAGCUAAAUCAUACAAAUGUGAAGACUGUAACAAAUUAUUUGCUGAUACUACUGCACUAGAAUAUCAUGCCAUGAAAUCAGGCCAUAGCAAUUUCGCAGAAUCAACAGAAGAAAAGAAACCGUUAACUGAAGAUGAAAAAAAAGAACAAAUGAAAAAAUUGGAAGAACGUUUGAAGGAAAAGCGUAAGGAACGCGAAGCCAAAGAAAAAGAAGAAGAACUAGAAAGAGAAAAAAUUAGAAUUCGCUCUGGAAAAGAGAUGGCUGCUGCUAAAAAAAAGCUUGAAGAUGAAAACAUAAAAAAAAUUAUGGAUGAAAGAAAACGUGAAAAACAAGAAGAAAAAGUUGCUCGUGAUCGAGUAAAAGCUCAAAUAGAAGCAGAUAAAUUAGCUAGGAAAAAAUUGUAUGGUCAAGCUCCAGCAGAAGAACAACCAAAACCAGUUUUACCAGUAGCUGUUAGUCCUCAAAAACAAACAAAGGAUUAUACAGAAACAAAAUUACAGAUUCGUCUUACAAAUGGUCAAACAAUUGUUCAAACAUUUAAUGUUAAAGAAAUGAUGGCUGCUGUAAGAGUUUAUAUUGAACUAAACCGUUCUGAUGGGGAUGCUCCCUUCUGUCUCAUGACUAGUUUUCCAAGGAAAGUUUUUACUAAUGAUGAUUAUGAAAAACCACUUGAUCAAUUAGGUUUGGUACCAAGUGCUGUUUUAAUAUUGACUAAGCCACAACAAUAA